GCGUGACCCUCCGCACGACUGUACCCAGUGCCAGCGCUUCCCCGGGGAACGCUUCUUUUUUUUGACUUUCUGGAUUGUUUCGAGCCCGACAUGUUUCUGUCGUGAUUUUCCUGCAUUCUCGAAGGUGUGUAGCAGCUGGCAGAUCAAUACAGUAGAUUAGCAGAAAAAGCUACAAGCAUGGUGCAGUUUUUUCUUGUGUAAUUACAUUUGCUUUAUCGAUAAAUACAUGAUUUUAUCUAUGAUAUUAAUCAAUCAAAAACAGAUGAUCCGAGAGAUGUACUCGAGUGGCACUGCACAUGCAUAAGCCACACAUUUGGUCUGUUGAUAGAUUCUUAUCCAAUUAAGCAUAUUGACUCAUCGACAUGGGUAUACAGAGAUCAAGCGAAUUAUAUUUCUUUUGAAGGGGACUAAACAUUGUGGCUUGUGCCAAUUGAGUCUCAUCAAGCUUGAAUGAAUUUGAAGUGUGGACAAUCUAUUAGAAAACUGAAAGACUGCCAGUUAUUGUUGUGAAAUGACUGUGUGCCGUACUAUACAUAUAACGAUUGUUGGCAAGUUAUGAAAUACAUCUAGUGAUCUGCAGCUGUCGAAUUGUUGUAUCCUCGAGAAUGCAAAGUAUUGGCUCUAUUCAAUAAUGCUCAAACAAUUGCAAAAGGAAUCCAAGUCCGGCGCUUUGAAGAAAGCUGGGAGGUACAGGAGUCGCUCUCUGUCGGCAAGCAGCACCGACAGUUACAGCUCGGCCUCCUACACGGGAAGCAGCAGCGAGGACGACGACCAGUCGCCGCGCGAGAAGAUCCAGAAGAGCGACAAGGGCUUCGCGGACUUCUGCGUGCGCAACAUCGAGCAGCACGCCUUCGGCCGGCGCGAGAUCGAGAUCGCCGAGCAGGAGAUGCCCGGCAUCAUGGCGCUGCGCAAGAGGGCCCGCGACGACAAGCCGCUGAAGAACGCCAAGAUCGUGGGCUGCACGCACAUCAACGCGCAGACGGCCGUGCUGAUCGAGACGCUGGCGGAGCUCGGCGCCCAGGUCAGGUGGGCCGCCUGCAACAUCUACUCCACGCAGAACGAGGUCGCGGCGGCGCUCGCCUGGUCGGGCUUCCCCGUGUACGCGUGGCGCGCCGAGACCGAGGAGGACUUCUGGUGGUGCAUCGACAAGUGCAUCAACGCCGAGAACUGGCAGCCCAACAUGAUCCUCGACGACGGCGGCGACGCCACCCACCUGAUGCUCAAGAAGUACAACGCCAUGUUCAAGAUGAUCAAGGGCAUCGUGGAGGAAAGCGUAACAGGUGUUCAUCGCCUCUACCAACUGUCGAAGGCGGGCAAAUUGUCGGUCCCAGCGAUGAACGUCAACGACAGCGUGACCAAGACCAAAUUCGACAACCUGUACAGCUGCCGCGAGAGCAUUAUCGACAGUUUUGGCAACAGCCUGAAGAGAUCGACCGACGUGAUGUUCGGCGGCAAGCAGGUGGUCAUAUGCGGCUACGGCGAGGUUGGCAAGGGCUGCUGCCAGGCGCUCAAGGGCCUCGGCUGCAUCGUUUACAUCACCGAAAUCGAUCCCAUCUGCGCCCUCCAAGCCAGCAUGGACGGCUUCCGCGUGGUCAAACUGAACGAAGUGAUCCGCAACGUGGACAUCGUGAUCACGGCGACGGGCAACAAGAACGUGGUCACUCGCGAGCAGAUGGACAAGAUGAAAAACGGCUGCGUGGUCUGCAACAUGGGCCACAGCAACACCGAGAUCGACGUCAACAGCCUUCGUACGUCGGACCUCACCUGGGAGAAAGUGCGAUCUCAGGUUGACCACGUGAUCUGGCCAGACGGCAAGAGGAUCGUGCUGUUGGCCGAGGGCCGCUUGGUCAACCUGUCGUGUUCCAGUAUUCCGUCCUUCGUCGUGUCCAUCACCGCCGCCACGCAGGCGCUUGCACUCAUCGAACUGUUCAAUGCGCCAGCCGGACGCUACAAGAGCGACGUAUACCUACUGCCUAAAAAAAUGGACGAGUAUGUAGCCUCAUUACAUUUGCCUACGUUCGAUGCCCAUUUGACAGAAUUAACCGACGAACAAGCUAAAUAUAUGGGCUUGAAUAAAGCUGGACCUUUCAAGCCUAAUUACUACCGAUGCCUUUCUCAAAGUCUGGCGUUACGCCUGAGACAAAAAAUUUUACAAAGUAGCAAUAAGUAGCAGCGAUAUUUGAGUGUGUAGGCGAUAAACGGUAUAAUGUAACCCGCGUUACUAAAUGGGAUUUGCAGAAACAAAACAAAACAAAACAAAAAGUAAAAACAAAAACAAUGUGGAUCGUCGUUCCGAUCCGUCAACGAACAGAGACUUACCAUGAUGCUAAAACAGUAUUUCCAAAGUGAAAGAGAACGAACAUUAUUAAAAUGAUUUCGAGAGCACAGAUGUAUCAUUCCAAAAGAACAAUGCUAUACAUACCUUCUGGUCUACUCGGUUGUAAUGACAAAAUUAAGAUGUAAGAAGGUCUUACAAUGAGAAUGUGCAAAUGUAACGUAGUAUAUUUUGUAAAUAAUAAUUGUGUCAUGCGGGUUUCACGUUACGAGCCACGCUGACGGCAUGAAACGCGGCUCACUUUAUCGCCCCAAACAUGAAACCACUCAAUAGUUUUUAAACGAAAUGUUCUAGAAAUCAUGUGAUUUUCCUUCUUUGUGGCCAUUAAUUAUCGAUUUUAUGUGUAAUAGUCUACCUUUCAUUUAAUGUAUUUAAAAUCGUAUCGAAUUGUUUGAUUCAUUUUUAAUCUUUGCAAUGCUUUUAUGAAAAAGUGAUUUUUAAGACUUGUCAGCCAAGGAUGUGUGAACGGGCAAUGUUAAUUGAUGGUGAAGGUCAUGCAGACCUGUGCUUUUUGUCUCGAGGAAAAAAACCGAAUGGAUUUUUUUGUGUAAUGUAAAAAAAAACGAAUGAAUGUUAUCUUGGUGAGAAAAAGAAAUAUUUAAUGAAAAACAAAGCGAUUGAAUAGUUUUUAGCCGUAUACAGUUACUUACAGUCACCCAUAACGAGUGAGCAGAGCGAAUACACUAAACAAAUCCUCCACUCGGCAUAGUAAAAGAGUUUAGAUUAAUGUGAAUUAGGAAAUGAAAACAAUUCCAACGCCAAUGAUCAAGUAUUAAACCAACAAGAAGUCAGCUGAACGGAAUUAUACAUAAUUAUACGCUUUUAUUAUUUUUCAAAAAGAAAUUGUAUUGAUUGUAUGUAAUUCCUGUUGGAGUGGCUUUUAAAACUUCCUGUAAUGGCAGAAAAAAAGUUGUUCCUACCGUAUUCACGCGAUAAGAAAAAAAAGAAAAAAAAAUUAAAAAAAAGGCCUAAUAUUUUUUCGAAGCUUUUUUGCAAUUGAUGCUAGCCAGUUUUUUGUCCUUUGAGUUUUAACCAGAAAUAAUCCUUCAUUUUUCUCUUUAACGAAGGUUCAAAAUGUAUUGAAUUUUCUUAAGUAUGCGAAAUUAUACAAAAAUCGAACCUUCAUGUACUUUGUUGUGCGCGUCAUUGGAACCGUCUUUGUCAACUUGAUGUAUUUUCGCGUUGAGGUUAACGUGAAGACGGUAUUAAUCCAAAGUUAACAGUGUAUAAUAACAUAUGUACAUGGGUGUGACUAGUAUUUUUGUAAAAUAACGUUGUAGACCGUGAAUAAAUGACGGGC